CAAAUGAAGCAAACCAGAUGAAGCAAAGAUUGUUUGUUUCAUUGUAGCGAAGGUGAAGGUGAAUCUGAGUGCUGGACCGUGAAUAUCUGCUCCAUUUGUUCAACUUGUAACAUUUGAACAUUUCUGGUACUAAAGCCUUUUUUAUAUCUGACUAAAUCUCAUUAUUUCUCAAGGUAAUAACACUGAGGGGUCUUGGUUGGAUCCUGGAACUGAUAAAAGGACCUGGAUGGUACACAGAAGGGAAAAUGUUUGUGUCUGGUUGUGACUCAUUUCCUCCUUCACCAACACCAACUACUGUAAUCAUUAGCUUGGGACUUUUCUCACAUCGUCUAAAGGUGAAAGGAUCUUCACAAGAUGAGGAAUCAACAAUCCAUACAGGAAACUGAUCUUCCUAAAAAGAUGGAGGUCAGAUCCAUCAAGAAUGGCAUCAUCUUCUGCACCAUUGUGGCUUUGCUUUUUAUCUUGUAUUGUGGAUUACCCAAAGAAAUUCAAUUCUCCUACUUCAGUUAUUCAAGAAGCAGUGGGACUGUGACCAUUCUCAUCUGGUACUGGCCUUUUAGCAACACGUUAACCCUUAAGGGAAAUGUGUGCUUGGAUCUGUACAAAAUACCAAACUGUACACUGGUGGAUCAGCGCUCCUUGUUCCCCUCAGCUCAUGUUGUGGUGUUCCACAACAGAGAACUGAUACAGGGAAGCCAGCAGCUUCCAAUCGAACUCCCACGGCCACAAGGCCAGAGAUGGGCCUGGAUGUCACUGGAGUCUCCUGCUCACAACGGAAACUUGAAGAAGUUUGCAAAUAUCUUCAACAUGACCAUUUCCUACAGGAGAGACGCUGAUGUUACCAUACCUUAUGGUGAGCUGCUGCCUUUGGAGACUGAAAGUAACCUGGUGGAGGACAGCCAUAUAAAUAAGACCUCUUUGGUCUGCUGGGUGGUCAGCAACUACAGGAACCACCACAGAAGAAGCCAAGUCUACAAAGAGCUCAGUGCCACAGAUCCUGUGAAGGUUUAUGGACGUUGGAAUAAAAUGCCGCUUUCCUCUGAAGACCUCUUAACAACAAUCUCUCGCUGCUACUUUUAUUUGGCUUUUGAGAACUCUCUGGCAAAAGAUUAUGUGACUGAGAAGCUGUGGCAUAAUGCUUACAAAGGAGGGGCUGUACCAGUGGUACUGGGACCCCCAAUAAGUGACUACAAAGCUGUGGCUCCAGAACAUUCUUUUAUCCAUGUCGAUGAGUUUUCAUCAGUACGGGAACUGGGGAAAUAUCUUCAAAGACUUGCAGAGGACAGGAAGCGAUAUGAGGAAUAUUUUAACUGGAAAAAACACUGGAAGGUGAAAGUUCGUGGGGACUGGAGGGAAAGCCUGUGCAAGAUAUGUUUACAGUACAACAGUUUACCUCAGCACAAAGUUUAUUCAGAUCUAGAGGCCUGGGACAAGAAAGGCUAUAGACCAUGAAUUUUCAUUUGUUAUUUCUUUUGUUGAUUAGUUGGGAUUGAGCAAAUAUUUGGAACCUGCAACCGAGUCACAAUAAACUGAGAUCAGAAACACCAUUUUGAAAAGCAGAAAGGUUUCACAACCCAAUCAUUUGGACUCCUCAAAAACUGUAUCAAUUUGCGUAAUGUUUUCAGAAAGUACUUCACACUAACCCAACUAUCAUGGAACAAAACAAAACCGGUCUAGACAUUGGCUGUGGUGAGACAACCUCAAGCUCAAGCUCUCAUAGAAUAAUGUGGUUAGAGUUUCCGUCCACCACAUCUCUCACAUACUUUUGUACAGCAGCGAACUAAAUGAAAUGAACUUGAUUGCAGGUAUUGAAAAUAUAAAUGAUAAACUAAUUUCAAAAGUUUUCCCAA